CUGCUUCCCGCGGCCGGACAUCUUCGGUCGAUCGCUUCUAAAAGCAACUAGCACCAGAACGCAGCGCACAGCCACAGCCCUUCAGCUAUAGCUUCUCUUUCCCAACUCGCCCAUUCGCUGAUAGGCUGAGAAGUUGGUCUCUUCUCGGCAGCCAAUCACAGGGUGGAUCGAAUUCCAACCAAUAAAAAAGGUCUACAAGGGAGUAAUGAGGCGUUAUUGUCUUCUGACCAAUGAAAGUGAACACAAGGAAUCCCUUACAUUUGCAUACGAGAGCUAUAAAUACGUGAAACGCGGCUGUUUCCACUUAAUCCGUCUCGCUAUUGCUGGGUACCCGCUGUUCGGUGUCUGCGAGAGACGUGCCCGUGCUGCGAUGCCCGAGCCGGCCAAGUCCGCCCCCGCGCCCAAGAAGGGCUCCAAGAAGGCGGUGACCAAGACGCAGAAGAAGGGCGACAAGAAGCGCAAGAAGAGCCGCAAGGAGAGCUACUCCAUCUACGUGUACAAGGUGCUGAAGCAGGUGCACCCCGACACGGGCAUCUCGUCCAAGGCCAUGGGCAUCAUGAACUCCUUCGUCAACGACAUCUUUGAGCGCAUCGCCGGCGAGGCCUCGCGCCUGGCGCACUACAACAAGCGCUCCACCAUCACCUCGCGGGAGAUCCAGACGGCCGUGCGGCUGCUGCUGCCCGGUGAGCUGGCCAAGCACGCCGUCUCCGAGGGCACCAAGGCUGUCACCAAGUACACCAGCUCCAAAGAGCCCCAGGAAAAAGAACCAGCUCAACGUGCCCGUGCUGCGAUGCCCGAGCCGGCCAAGUCCGCCCCCGCGCCCAAGAAGGGCUCCAAGAAGGCGGUGACCAAGACGCAGAAGAAGGGCGACAAGAAGCGCAAGAAGAGCCGCAAGGAGAGCUACUCCAUCUACGUGUACAAGGUGCUGAAGCAGGUGCACCCCGACACGGGCAUCUCGUCCAAGGCCAUGGGCAUCAUGAACUCCUUCGUCAACGACAUCUUCGAGCGCAUCGCCGGCGAGGCCUCGCGCCUGGCGCACUACAACAAGCGCUCCACCAUCACCUCGCGGGAGAUCCAGACGGCCGUGCGGCUGCUGCUGCCCGGUGAGCUGGCCAAGCACGCCGUCUCCGAGGGCACCAAGGCUGUCACCAAGUACACCAGCUCUAAGUAAAUGCCUGAAAGAUUAAUUCAAUGGCUCUUUUAAGAGCCACACAUCUUUUCAUUAAAAGAGCUUUAAUUUCUGUAUGUUAA